CCGGUGGCUCUGCAGUGACUGGGAAGGAUCAGGGACCUGCUGGUGGCCUGGGACAGGACCGGACAGUGACAGGGAGAAGGUGCGGGGCUUCAGGGAGCAGCCGGAGCGGACACGAGGGCAUCGCCUGCCUCAGCACCCCCGCCCCAGCACAGGGCUGCCAGGAGCCUCAGGGCCUCAUCCAGCACCCAUCCUGACUGAGCCAGCACCCAGCGAGGAGCUGGUGGCACCACCAUGUCCCAGGCAGAAGGAGGCGAGGAGACCUUUGAAUACUGCGAUGUGGUCGUCAACAGCCAGGAAAAGGUUUCAGAUGUGUACACGCAGCUGGAGAAGCUGGGAGAGGGAAAAUUUGGGACGGUGUACCGGCUGCAGGAAAAAGCCACUGGCAAAAUCCGGGCUGGGAAAUAUUUCCGGACACGGACGGCUAAAGAGAAGCAGGCGGCUCGGGCCGAGGUGGAGCUCAUGAACCUGCUGCAUCACCCACGCCUCGUGCAGUGCCUCGCCGCCUUCCAGGGCCCUGCUGAGCUGGUGAUGGUGAUGGAGUACGUGGCAGGCGGGGAGCUCUUUGAGCGCAUUGUGGACGAUGACUUUGAGCACACGGAGCCCAGCAGCGCCCAGUACGUGUGGCAGAUCCUGGAGGGGCUGCGGUUCAUGCACGGCCAGGCCAUCGUCCACCUCGACCUCAAACCCGAGAACAUUGUCUGUGUCAGCCCCAGCAGCCACUGGCUCAAGAUCAUCGACUUUGGCUUGGCACAGAAGCUGGCUCCAGACACCCCCGUGAAGGUGUUGCACGGCACCCCUGAGUUCAUGGCUCCAGAAGUGGUCGCCUUUGAACCCGUGGGCUUCUCCACGGACAUGUGGAGCGUUGGUGUCAUCUGCUACAUCCUGCUGAGCGGGGAGUCCCCCUUCCAGGGGGACAACGACAUGGAGACACUGAGCAACAUCACAGCUGCCCGGUGGGACUUUGAGGAGGAGACCUUCUCGGAGAUCUCCCAGCAAGCCAAGGACUUCAUCAGCCAACUGCUGCAGAAGGACCCUCGCCGCCGGCUCUCCAGCGCGGGGGCUCUGCUGCACCCCUGGCUGCAGCAGCCCCAGCCCAGCAGCACCAAGGCGCUCUCAAAGGAGAGGAUCAAACAGUUCCUGACACGUCGGAAGUGGCAGAAAACAGGCAAAGCUCUGCUGGCCCUCAACAGAUUGACCCUGCUGUCCCAGAGCACGGAGAGGAAAGCAUCAGAGGCUCAGGAUGAGGAAGACCUGGGCUGCAGCACAGAGGAGGACCAAGCCUCCAUGUCUCUGCCCCGACGAGGUCCCAGCUUCCUGGAGCUGCUGACGGACCAAGAGGAGGAGGAAGGUGGGAGCACUGCAGCCACAGAGGAGGCAGAGAGCAGCGUCAGUGUGGCUGUGCCACCCCAGCCCUGGACCACCUAGAGCAGCUGGUGAGAGAGGUGCAGGGAGUGAUGGGGAUGAAACCUCCUCCAGCAGCUCACACGAUGACCUGGCCAGCCUGGGGUAGACCCAGACCCCAGGGCUCCUCUCCCAUGGGUGAGCUCUAGGGUCCCACUGUGUCCCUGUGCUGGUGUGGGGACAGCCAUGCCUGCUGUCCCCAGCAAGGAACCAGUGCUCCUGUCUGCAUGGUUGCCUGGGCUUGAGCUGUCACCAAUAAAGCA